UAGUAUCCCGCCUGCAGCCUCCCGGUACUACGCGCGCGCGCGCGCGCGCAUGCAUACACGUCGUGCUUUCUCACGGGGAAACAUGAUCCUUCGUACGUGGCGGCACGCGCCGCGAAUGCCGCGAUCCGCGAACGGCGUGAAGGUUGCCACCAAGACGAUGACGCUGCUGCGCGUCGAGACGCGCCGAUCUUCACGUGACUCGCGCCCGCGAGAAGCGUCGCGCGAGAGGUUCUCGCGGCCGGCGAUCCGCACACGCUGAUUACGCGCCUUCGAUCAACGUGGGGUCGCGAGGGCGCGUGAGUUACUCUCGUGGAUGAACGUUCACGGCGAAACGGUGUGCUUUUCGGCGGAUUCAUGAUGCAAUACCGAUCGGAACACUCGUAAGACGUAGGACCUAAGGUGGGCGCAGUGGCGCGGGAACCCAGGGAGCAUUCGCCAAUGAAAUCGGAAGAAAUAAGUUGCUUGAGCUGCAUAUGAUAUUUUAAAAAUGCAAAAUAUUGUGAAGAAAGUGCGUCGGACAGUGCUCUCUACGAGAGUUUGCACAUUGAAUUUGUGUCAUUUUUAUUUAAGUGAUAUCGCCGAACGUGUGUGCACGUGAAGCGACGGCAAAAACCGCAACGUUGAUACGGCGAGAAGUCACUUGCAAAAAAUGUUGAAUCUCAGUGCGAUCAGUGUCGACAUCGUAUUAUUCAUCGCCUCGGCGAGGGAUGAGGGAGACAGUGAAGUAUUGAUGUAGCAAAAGUUGCUCUGUAUUUCCAUCGCGUUCGCUCUCGGCUUCUCCGUACCUCCGUACCUUCGGUGGCGCGAGAAAGGGUGGCGGAGGAGGUCGUGGAUUGUUUUGGAGCCGGUACGAACGUAAAUUUCACGAGGCGAGCGUACUCCGCGCCAAUGGGCGCGCGUAUUCGCGCGCGGCCGCCGCUGGCGUCGCGUCGGUUCGAUCGCCGCGCGAGCGAGCGGUGAAUCGCCGUCGUUGUCAAAGGGUAGGAGGUGGUGGUGAGCCGCUGAGCGUACCGGCAAGCAUCAAGUAGCGAGUAACCGAACAGCAGUUCGGCAAUUGCGGCCCGGCACGUAAGUCGCGCACGUGUAUCCAUCGUCUGAGACGCUCCUUGCCACGUGGUGAUACGCGCGCGCGUUCUCUCUCUCUCUCUUUCUCUUUUUUUGUCCUUGUUCCGCUAUCGCUUAUCUUCCUUGGCUUCCGCUUUCCCUCCGCCUUGUCCACGUGUGUCACCACGUUUUACGCACUCGUGGUAAUGCCCACGCGGCACGCCGCCGCGGCAACCGUUGCCCGAGCUGCACUCCGAGUCGUCGCGUGGAAACGCGCGCACGUGCUCCGAUUUCGAAAAGCGCUUUGAUUCCGUGACGCGCGCGCGAAAGAUGCCGGACAAGGUAGCGCCGGCGGAAAAGCCGGUCCUGCGACCCGACGCGACUCAACCGCCAGCCGUAGGAGCCAACGCCAACGUCAACGACGAGGGCGUCAAGCUGAAAAAGGAGCUAGGUCUAUGGGACGGCGUAGCGAUCAUCGUCGGCAUCAUCGUCGGCGCCGGUAUCUUCGUGUCGCCCAAAGGCGUACUUAGAAACAGCGGCAGCGUCGGCCAGGCCCUCAUCGUAUGGAUCUUCUCCGGGAUCCUGUCGCUCAUCGGAGCCUUAUGUUACGCCGAGCUCGGUACGAUGAUCCCUAAAUCUGGCGGCGAUUACGCGUACAUCAGCGAUGCCUUCGGACCUUUACCGGCGUUCCUCUACCUCUGGGUGGCCUUGUUCAUCCUGGUGCCAACGGGGAACGCGAUCACGGCACUCACGUUCGCACAAUAUAUACUGCAGCCCGUAUGGCCCGGAUGCGAGCCACCGUAUGUAGCAGUGCGACUACUUGCUGCCGUGAUUACGUGUUUGUUGACUGUCAUUAAUUGCUACAAUGUCAAAUGGGCGACGAGAGUGCAGGACAUAUUCACCGGCACCAAGAUCUUCGCCCUGUUAAUCAUCAUGGUGGCUGGUUUAUGGUGGCUCUGCAUGGGCCACACAGAGAACUUCCAGCAUCCGAUGGCUGGCACCAAUACCCAACCCGGUUACAUAGCUCUGGCAAUUUAUUCCGGAUUGUUCUCCUACUCGGGCUGGAAUUAUCUCAACUUUGUGACGGAGGAACUCCAAGAUCCUUACAAGAAUCUUCCGAAGGCGAUUUGUAUAUCACUGCCGCUGGUGACAGUGAUUUAUGUUUUUGCGAACAUCGCUUAUUUUGUCGUACUCACGCAGGAUGAAAUACUCGCAUCGAAUGCCGUCGCUGUUACCUUUGGCGAUAAACUGCUGGGCGUUAUGUCGUGGAUCAUGCCGUUCUUCGUGGCAUGCUCGACUUUCGGAGCGUUGAACGGUGCGAUCUUCGCAUCGUCCAGGUUGUUCUUUGUCGGUGCUCGAAACGGACACCUCCCCACUGCCAUUGCCCUCAUUAACGUCCGCAACUUGACGCCAAUGCCAUCCCUCAUUUUUCUUUGCAUUAUCACCCUGGUGCUCCUCAUCAUAGAGGAUGUCUACGUACUAAUAAAUUAUGUCAGCUUCGUUGAGGCUCUAUUUACUACACUCUCCGUGUCUGGUCUGUUGUGGCUACGUUACAAAAAGCCCGAUCUCCAUCGUCCGAUAAAGGUUUCUAUAAUUUUGCCAAUCAUCUUCUUCAUAAUUUGUGCAUUCUUGGUCACUUUCCCAUGCUAUGUCUCACCGUGGGAAGUAGGCAUAGGCAUAAUCAUAAUCCUAUCUGGCAUUCCCAUGUACUGUAUCUUCAUCGAUUGGAAAGCAAAGCCUGUCUGGCUCAUCAAUGCAUCUCAUAAUUUCAACUUAAUGUGCGCAAAACUAUUCAUGUGCGUGGAAGAAGACAAGACAACGUGAGUAUGCAAAGCUCGCAGUAAUCAUUGUGAAAAAUUUCAAAUCUGUGGCAUCCGAAUUUAAGAGUGCAUUUCGCACGCGUCGUACUUUCUCUUAGGUAGGUAAAAUACAUUGUGAAUAUAUAAAUACAAUGUCGAUCAUAGUCGUCUACCAAACGGCCACAUGAUUGCACAAGUAUUAACGAUAAUAAGUAAACGAGUGACACUAUACUGUCGUUGAUAGACUCAAUUUUUAUAUUCGACAUAUACAUAUAUAUAUUAUUACGGAAAUACUUUUUAUACAUAUAUAUUUUCGUGAUAUUUAUCGUUUAAUAAAUAAUAAGUGCCUGUACGUCCCAUUAAUUGCUAUAGUCUAUUAACAUGUAAAUUGCAUUCAAGUGCCAAUUCUUGAUACUGCCCGGCGUAUUCAAAAUAUAUUUUUUAAAGAGCUAUUUAAGAUAAAUAUUUAAUGAUUACAUAAUUUGUACACGCACUUGCCACAUUUUUAUUGGCCAUGUCGGAUUACACAGGCAUAAUAUAAAAUAAUAUAACUAUAUUUAUUAAGGCAUAAUGUAAAAGAAUCCAGCAAGGUUAUUAAAUUAUAUCAAAAAAACUGGUAUAAUUUCGAUGAGUCCAAUUUUUUAAGUACUUUAUGUCAAUUAGCAUUUAGACACAGAAUUAUUUACGAGAACUGUCAUCAUUGUAUUUAAUCAUUCAAAUUCAGCGAAAUUAUACUGUUUUUGAGUCUCGAAUUGUAUAUAUAUAACGAAAUAAUGUAAAGUCUGUACACAUUGCACGUAGUUAGAAUUAAAAAUUUACAAAGACUAUAUAAAGAAUUAUGUUUUGAUCAUGAAUUAUACGUACAAUAUUAUCUAAUUUUGAUAAUUAAUCUCAGACAAUUAAUUAGUUUGAAUUUCAUUUUUUAAUGGAAAAAGAAAUUCUAAAGAAGUGUAGAUCUUUUCUUACUUUUAAUUAUUUAAAAAAUAUAUGUAUAUAUAUAUAUACACACAACUUCUGUUUUAAAGUAAUCGUCUGUACAAUUUUUAUUGAUCAAUAACACGUUCACAGUUCACUGAUCUUGAAAAUUAAAUAUUGCGAGCAAAAUGGCAUAUUUAAAACAAAAACUAGAAUGUUUAUUUAAUUAAAAAACUGUAUCGCUUCUCGAAAUGUAUAAAUGGUAUUCUCAUUUUUGAAUAUUGAAUGCAUCGAGUAUCAUUGCCUAAGUGAUAUUUGUAUUUUAAUCAGAUAACUGCUCAAGUAUCGAUAGGGAAUCAUGGGAAUCAUCUGUGAAACAAACUGUAUUCUAGAAUGACUGAUCAUGUGCCUUAUACGUGAGCAAUUAGAUUACAUAUUCUGUAAGACAGAAUAGAAUAUUUUGUACAGAAAUUAAGUUGUACUAAUGGCAUUAAUAAGAACACGAUUAACAGAUACGUAUGUAUGUACUAUAUGUCUAAAGGAAUUUAUAGAGGCAAAUAACACAAAAAGUCUUUGAAUAGCAACUUUAUUCCAACAGAUUUGAUAAAACGGCGUUGUAAAUCGCUUUUAAAUAUAACUUGCAAUUAAUUUACAAGAUGUUAACGAAGAUAGGAAAGAUUAGCACUCAUUUGUGCUGUACAUUUGUAUUUGUUAUUCCUAAAUUUCUAAACGUAGAAUGUGUGAUGUGUGGUGGAAAAAAGAUACAGUAUAUAUAUAUAUAUGCCUGCCGUCAAACUACUAUUACUACGGCAAAUAGGCCAAAAGUACUGUUAAUAUGCGCCGGAAUAAGACUAAUAACUCAUUUCUCAUGUAUUUGUAAAUAUUUUAUUUAUAUUUAACUUUUUCUCAUCUGCGUGCAACUUUACCUUUGAAAAUCUUGUACAGAUAUUACUUUUCGGCGUCAUAUUAAAGUCAAUCAUUUAAAUAAUUAACUGGGUCUCUUAUUAAUCUAAAUACGCUUCAUGAUACGUUCAUUCUUGAUGAACUGCAGCGUCUACAGUCGCGCGAACCUUCGCGAUUAAAUAUCAAUCUGAAGUUUUGCAAAGUUUUGCAAAGACGUUAAUACUUCGAAUUUGGUGUAUUUAUUUGGCACAUACAAAUAUAUGUCCAACAUACCGAUUGUAUGUACAAAACUUCUGCAAAUAGUUGAUCGAAAAACAUAGAAAAUUGUUUAUAUAUAAUAGAUAUUAUGUUAUUGGGUCUAGAAAAAGAAAUAAAUUAUUGUAGAAGCUCAUAAUCAAGAUUUCUAUUUCCGCGGAAAAAUUUGAACGCAGAUAUUUUUCCUUAAAAAAUUUGUAAACUAAAACUUUACAAAGCGAGAAAUGAGCCAUUCUAUCUAGUCAUAUUUUCGUUGUUUAUAUUUACAUAUUUCAUCGGUUUUACGAUUAUUUAACAGUAACAGUUCAGUACGCAUAUUAUUGAGCAACUUCUUUUCUUUAUUUAUUGAAAUUAAUAUGAAACAGAAUAUUUUGUUAUGAGCUUCCAAUGUUCAACAGAUAAAUCUUGUAAACUUUUGCCGUUUAAAAAAACGUGAAUAAAAAUAACAAUUGUAA